GCUUACCAUCUUCGGCCAGAGACUCAGUUCAAGACUGUUACUAAGAGAAUCGUGAUGUAAGUAUUGGUUUUGGAGAUUCAUCUAGAAGAUUUCAGGAGGUGCUUGGGAGCAGAAAAAAAGUAGAUAAGAAUAGGACUAUUUUAUCCAAAUUUUGGUGCAUCCAUGGAAUAUGAUGCAGUUGAACAUAUGCAAGAUGGGAAUGAAGACAGCAUGACAAAUGGGGUAGCAAAAUCUGAUAAUCGAGAGAUGAAUGUGAAAGAUGUUCCAGUGAAGGACUCAGAUACUACAGAAGAUACUAUAGAGAUUAACAGAGCAGGAAGCAAUCUUGGGGAUGAUGUAGAACAAGUAGCUGCUUCAGCUGAUAUGGAGACGCCUGGAGAGGUCAACAUGGAGGCUUUCGUAACAGCUGACGAUAUUAUAAAAGCUGGUGGAUUUGGUGCUAGAGAUGAUAUAAGUAGUUUGCUUCCUGUUGCAAUUGAUUCUACUGACUUUGAAGCUUCUCUUCGUGAUGCCCGAGACUAUGAAGAACCACAGGGGGAAAUCUCCAGGCCAGGUCUUGGAUGGACUGAUGCUAAAGUGUCAGAUGAAUGAUGCUGCUUUAUCUUCAUUCAGGUUUCCCCCAGUUACUACUGUCAUAUACUAAACAACCAGAUCGCUUUCACAUUUCUUUAAUUACUUUGAAGUGGUCUGUGGUCUUUUGUACUUAUUGCUUUUUUAACCUUGAGAUAUGCUUAUAGCGGAUGUAGCAUA